AUGACAUCGUUGGCGUUGGUCCUUCGCGUUGCAAUCGCUCUUAACACCCAAGGAUUCUUCCAGCCAGAUGAAUACUUCCAAGCAUUAGAACCUGCCCACCAUUACGUCUUUGGAUAUGGCCACCUCACAUGGGAGUGGGUUAGUUCAGCACCCCUUCGGAGCAUCAUCUACCCUGCGUUGAAUAUACCUCCCUUUUGGCUUAUCAAAACGAUGGGCCUUGAUGAAAGAUACCCUGAGCUACUCAUAGCAGGCCCACGGAUCGUCCAUGGUUUGUUGGCUGCCAUCACAGAUAUAGGGACCCGUGAAAUUACAAGACGAGUUCUCAACGAUGCGUUUGUACCAACUGCGUACUUUGUCUCUCUGACAUCUCUAUUCCACUCGUUGUCGCUUUCACGUUCCAUGUCGAAUUCCCUUGAGACAUCGUUGACGACAGCUGCACUAAGCUACUAUCCUUGGGACAAUGCGCGGUCCGCUGCAGGUGCAGUCGUUCAAAUGCGCAUGUGUAUUGUGUUUGCUGCGCUGGCGUGCGCAAUCAGACCCACCAAUGCUAUCAUCUGGGUUUAUAUGUUUGGCCUCUUGUUGAAUUUUCUGCGUGUCAAUGCGUCGCCCGUGUCUUUGUUCUACGGCUCCAGCUCUUGGCAUUAUUACCUAUCUCAGGCCCUCCCAAUUCUCAGUUCUACAUCCUUGCCAUUCGCGCUGCAUGGUAUGCACCUUGCAACAAUGCUCGGCUGUAUCGCUUGGACAUUGGCGGUAUUCUCAUUUGUUGGACAUAAAGAAUGGCGUUUUCUCCACCCACUCCUGCCGAUGUUACACAUCUUUGCGUCAAGCGCGAAUGCCGACGUCAAAGUUUCCCGGGAGAAGAGAAAGAACGUAAUACCCAAAACCUUCUCACUCCCAAUUCGCACUCGAGAUCUAUGCCUUCUCUUACUGGCCGUCCCAGCCUCGAUAUAUGUGGUGUUCUUCCAUUGCGUAGGACAAAUCAAAGUCAUGUCGUAUUUGCGAAGCUUGCCUCCCGAGAACCUGACGUCAGUAGGGUUCUUGACACCUUGUCAUUCGACCCCCUCGCAGCCACCCGGGAGAAUGUGGGCUCUUGGGUGUGAGCCACCACUGGGGCUUCAACAUCCUGGCGACUAUAAGGACCAGACAGAUAUCUUUUUCGAAGCGCCUUUGGAAUAUAUGCGAACGCAUUUUCCAUCGCGUAUUGUUGAACAAAGUUCACGAUCUUGGGAUUUAGGCUGGCGGCAUGAGUGGCCACAAUAUAUAGUACUAUUUGGUGCACUUCUACGGGAGCCGGGUGUGUUGGACCUAUUCCGGGAUCAGGGUUAUGACGAGGUAUGGAAGGGUGGGUUUGAGUGGGAAGGAGAGGGACAGAGAAGGGGCGCUGUUCGGGUCUGGAAACACAUCCGUUGA